AUGGCCGUGGGGAGAAACUUGCGAACUGCAAAGUUGUCGGGAGUUUACAAUACUGUUCAGCUAUAUCCUGCAAAGGAAGGCAUUGUGCGGAAGACGAUGGAGCUGAUGGAUUACUUGCCGCCGGAGUCUAACACCAAUUGGAGUGGAUUUGUCGCCUCUCCUCCUCCCCAAUCUCCUCCACUUUCAUAACACCAAUUGCUUUCUGUAAACAUAAUGUUAUGAUGAUGUUCUUGCUAUGAAUAACAAAUGUAAUUUGGAAAUUUUAGAUUUCGAUAAGUUAAGCUUUACUCUUUCAGUUGUGGAAAUUACGAGUUCAAAUUGUAACAUAUUUUUCUGAUUUAAUUGGUGGACCAUGCCGACACAUCAUCAGUUGUUGUUGUUUUUUUUUAGUUUCACUAGAAAGUAUUUGUUACUAUUUCAAAA